AUGGGACGACGUUCAAUUUCCUCCGAAAUCUUUGACAAUGAGUCUGUAAUUGAAUUCGGUGUGCCGAACAAAACAAUCGAGGAUGUGAAAUCCCCUCCAGCAGGUCUGGGUCUGGGGAGCUCAGUACAACUUUUUGAUAUCGAACAUAGCACAGUCGUUGAACAAGAACGAAUAGUCGGAAUACAACAAUGGCUUGUCUUUGUUUGCAUCAUUAUAUUGGCAGUUAUGGACUCGUUCAAUGCGACUAUCUUGAUCCCGGCCAUUCCUGACCUUGCAAACACUUUCAGCAUGUCUUUAGCCAGUACUUUCUGGGCCUCAACAAUAUACCUUAUGUUCAGCGCAGCAAGUCACCUAUAUUUCACCAUGUUGAGCGAAGUAUUCAACCACGGGCCCGUAUGGAUAUUAGCAGUCUUGUUCGCAACUAUCGGCACCGGGGUCUGCUGCGGCUCACUGAGUCUCUCUGAGUUGAUCGUCGGUCGCAUGAUCCAAGGUAUCGGUGGCGGUGGUGCAAUGGGUCUCUGUUUCGUGGCAAUGAAAGAGUAUUCACCAGAAGCUAUUCAUUCGCGAUACUCGUGUUAUAUUUUACUCAUGCGAAUGGGUGGAGCAAUGCUAGGUCUGGUAUGCGGUGGUCUUUUCAUGGAUCACGGACACUGGACAUGGUCAUUUUACUUCAAUUUCGUCUUCUGUGCCCUGGGCCUAUUGGGGAUCCCGUUCGCAGUGGAUUUGCGUGCUUCGAAACAUGUACCCCUUCGCAAACUGCGCACUCUGGAUUGGACAGGUGUGACCAUGGCUUUUUUUGGUUCCGGGGUCAUUCUCGUUGGUCUCUCCUGGGGUGGUGUUUCGUACCUUUGGUCGCAGUGGGAGACUAUCGUCCCCAUUGUGCUUGGAGUUGUUGCCAUCUUGGCUUUGGGUCUCUAUGAGUUCAAAUGGGCUUUGCAUCCGCAGUUUGGGCGGAGAGUGUUUCGCUCGAAAAUGAUGAUAAUGACAUACUUGGGGUGCUUUUUGCAUGGCCUUGUGUUCUUUUGCCACCUGCAGUUCUUUGCUCUUUACUUCAUGUCCGCGCAUUAUAUGUCCGCAACGCUUUCUGGGAUGGCGCUGCUUUCCUUGAUUGGACUUGCUAUCGGCCCUGUGGCAAUCGUCGGCAUGAUUCUUGCCAGGGAAAAGGAAUGUACCCAGUGGAUCAUAUCUGCAGGAUGGAUUCUAGUCGUUCUCACAAGUGGGUGCUCGAUUCUUUUGGACAGUGAGACUCCCACAAUUGCUUGGGUUCUCUUGUUGUUCACAGCUGGGCUUGGGCACGGUCUUCUGCUCUCAAGCUAUAACGUUCGCGUCCGGAACAUGCCCAAGGAUGAGGAUACCCCACCUUCCAUCCUACCAACAACAAUGGCAUAUUACAUGAGAGCUUGGGGGUGGGCAUUUGCUAUACCUGUCGGGGGUAGUGUGUUGCUCAACUCCCUUGGCAACGGCCUGGCCGAUGUUGGAUUGAAUCGAAGUUUGAUCAAUUCAGCAAAUGGGCAUCUCAUGUUGAUGAAGAAUUUCACUCUGGCAGAUCAACAACAAGAAGCGGUUAGUAUUGUUUCCGUUGCUGCGUUCCGGACAUUAUGGGGGGUCAUCACUGGCAUUGCAGUUCUUGGGGGCCUCUCGUCGGCUUUUCUGUGGCGAAAGAAUUCCAGAAAGUAA